GUUCUCAUAUUGACCACGUUUGACCCGCAAAUGUUACAAACUGCCGGCGGUAGUUGCGGGCCACAGCCUUGAGUUUUCGAAUAAAAGGACCCUUUCAGUCACAGCUUCGCUCCUUCAUCCUAACAGUUAUCCUCCCGUGGCGCAAGACCUAUAUUCGACUUCUCGGCCAAGACGAUGAAGCAUCUCCGUCAGCUAUUCCAUAUUCAUGAUCGAUUCUCUGCGCAACCCCAACCUCCCUGUGAUGGUCUUCCACACGAACUUGUUGCAGAAGUGAUAAAGUAUCUCUGUGCGCCACUCGACUCAGAGCUGAUGAUGCCCGCUUUCCUCUAUGAGGGCGAACGAGAAGAGAGCAUGGACGCGUACGAUUUCACUAGGACAUCCAACAAGAUUGCUAGACGCCUUCUUGCAAGUGUGGAAGAUAUGCGAACUGCUCAGGCAUCUUUAUGUAGCGCAGCCUUGGUUUGCAGAUUGUGGAGCAAUGUAGUCGCCGAACACCUUUACUUACACUCCGUUGUAAUGUCUACGGUGUCUUGCGAUAAACUUCGUCACACCCUCAAAAAACUCAAACGCAUCGAUGCUACUGGCCCGUUGAAAAAACUUACCCUUUUACGAGUAGCGCCCCAAGAACCGAACGAAAGGGCGGCGAAGAGGGAGGAGCAAGCACAAGCCAAAUUGUUACACUCGCUCAUGAAAUUGACUUGGUCGGCUUCAUUGGAUACUUUAACCCUCAUCAAUAUGCCGCACGCAACCUCGUCAUUUGUGUUACAAAGCGUCGACAGUCAGCUUACCAUCCAUAAUGGCCCUCGAAAGCUUGUAGUGAGCUUUGGGUACUUAUCCAAUGCGAUGCCCACUUUCGUCAACCUCAAGGUCCUCUGCUUGCGCACUGUGAGGCCCUUCUUCGCGAUUGAAGACUCCCUGGAUGUAACGAAGAUGCCACAUCUUCAAAUACUGCAAAUGGUUGAUGCACAGCUUGCUGCUUACGACGAGUGGUUUUAUAGGUUCCGAAACCAUCCGACCCUGGAGACCCUGGAGAUCUACUUUGCUUUAAACAUUGAAAACGGGCGCGAAAUUUGUACGCUUUGGUGGGUUCUCCAUGCCAUCCCCUCUACAUGGACCUCGAUUCGCCACAUCACUUUGGGUAUCUUGGAUACGUUACCUUCUGGACGUACGCACUACAAAGAUGUAGUGCAGUGCCAACUACCACUCCAUCUAAAGAGUUUGACUCUAUUAGUCAACACUCCGUCGAUGUGGUCUUCCUGUCUAUUCGGCCAGGAGUGGCACGGGGAAGAUGUAAUUGAUAACUUCCUAAAGAACCUGCGAAACAUCGCAGGCUCGAAAGGGUCGUUCAGAAGCUUGACCUUCGUUACGCUCCCAAUACCUACCGAAGGUCUUAAUGACUUGGAAUAUCUGCCAAAUCCAAUGGACGGGUGCGAAUUCGCAAAGAGAGGUCGACAAAGGCUGCAGGACAUUCAGAAAUUUUGCAAUGACAUCUCAGUGACAUGCAUUAUAAAGGAAUGUGAAGAUCUAUCCGUAUAUGUCAACGAGAGACUUCGGUGCUGAAAAAUAUCGUGAUCCUUUCUUUCCAAAGCCAAUGAAACCACGGUUUCAACACUUCGUCUUUCAUUCUGAAGAAUUCAUUUCUCAAAAAUACAUUUACAUGCAGAUUCCUCAUGGACUGGAUGGUUAAAAAAAACUAAAUGUUAAGUUUUGUACGGCAGAUAUUCUAAUCAAUAUUAUAUUUUUUUGC